UGUAGGGACCGCAGACCAAAUUUUUCAAUAUAAGGGAUGUUUUUUUUGCCUAUAUUUUUUAGGUCUAGUAACCACUGAGAAGUAAAGAAAUAAUGUUUCUUUUACAAAAAUGUAUAUGCUUUAGGCCACAGUGGUGCCCCAAGCGGAACCGUCGACGUCACCCAUUUUCGCAUUUUUAAAAACAAUUUUGGCCACUCAACUGCUCCAAGGAAAUCAUGUACGUCGUACUGGCUGGGUACGGAAGAAAGUUUGUGGUGGAAGUAGUCCUGAGAGUGUCGCUGACCACAUGUACAGAAUGGCAGUGCUGGCUUUCCUUGUUGAACCUGGGGCAGGAUUAGAUAAACACAGGUGUAUGAAGAUUGCUCUUGUUCACGACAUGGCUGAGUGUAUUGUGGGUGAUAUUACACCACAAGAUGACAUAAGCAAGGAGGACAAACAUAACAAGGAGGAGACUGCCAUGAAAUACAUCUGCAGCCUGGUGGAAGAUAGUGUUGGGCAAGAGAUCUACAGCCUGUGGCAGGAGUAUGAAGAUCAAGGAAGUAAAGAAGCAGAGUUUAUAAAAGAUGUAGACAAGUUUGAAAUGAUCCUGCAAGCAUAUGAGUAUGAACAGAUGGACAGGAAUCCUGGAUACCUUCAAGACUUCUUUGACAGCACAAAAGGAAAAUUCAAAACUGAACAAGUGAAGGAGUGGGUGCAGUCCCUCAGGGCUGUUCGGGAUGUGUGUGAAACAAGAGCGGGGCAUUCAUACACAGACUCCACGACCAGCCAGUGAGGGCUUCGAUCUGGGUGUUCUGUUUGACUGAACUGUCAGUUUAUUACAUUAUACCCAGCUCAACAUCAAUACAGCAGUAACAUGUUAACUGUAACAAUAUAAAUGCCACAAUACACUACUUAAAAAAACUGAAAAGAGACAUUUCCUAAUUUACAUAAAUAUUUGGUUUCAACCUUUCAUUUUGUAGAGAGGUAUCAAGUCAGAAAACAUCAUUUCCUAAUUUACAUAAAUAUUUGGUUUCAACCUUUCAUUUUGUAGAGAGGUAUCAAGUCAGAAAACAUCAUUUCCUAAUUUACAUAAAUAUUUGGUUCAACCUUUCAUUUUGUGAAGUCAGAAAACAUUUGAGCAAAGAGAGACUAUAAUUGUGCAAGUGUGGUGCCAACUUGGGAGUUUUAAGUACGUCUGGCUAUAAAUAUCGGAGAGCGCCUGAAUAGAAUUUAGAAGCAGAUAAUCAUUA